AUGGGUCUAUGUGGUGAUUUGAGGGCCCGAUUUGGGGUGAUGGAUGUGGCAGAGUUGAUUGAGAAGCACGUGCCUCAAUCUUUUGGCCCACGCCAACUUGGAGCAUCAGGGAAAAUCGACGAUGGAUUGUUACAAUACUCGAUAAUUUCGAUCAAGGAUAAAGAUCCUAAAUUCGAGAAAGAUCUAAUAUAUCCAUUGGCCAAGGAUCAUCACCAUCCCUCAUCUAUUUGCAAUGGUUUGUUGCUGCUUUUGGUACGGGAAAAAGAUACGAAGCCUCCAGGGAAACCCGACCACAGGGGAAGUCAAAACCCUACCUCCAGCACCUUCAUCCUUUGA